AUGACUCGAUUCUCGCCAACUGGUUUUCUAGUCUCUUCAUCGCUUUUUAUCACUCCAGUGUUAAGCUACGAGGCAUAUGUUAUUAAAGUUCCUAACGGCGCAAAUGUCGAUGGUGUGAAAGCGAUUGGCCACACAAAUUCUGUUGGAGGUGGCGCUCGAAAUGCGUUUGGCACAGACUUUGAUGAUGCCAGUCACACAUGGACGACGGAGCUUUGCAUAGAAGACUCGGAUGGUGAUGGACAAACGAAUGGUGAGGAACUUGGUGAUCCAUGUUGUGAGUGGACAUCAGAGUCUGCAAAAGCUGCUCUUUGGUCUAGUGGCGUCUCAAAUCCGGGAGAUGCUGCAAGGAAGACAAUCAUUCUUGAGAAUCCAAAUGGUGUGCUUACGAACGAUCCGCCACUUCACGAGCAAUUGCAACUACUUAUACGUCAUUUGCACAAUGUUACGGGAACUGUCAAUAGUAGUGUAAUCGUACCUGGGGGGUACAGCUCGACAGACCGCUUUGUGCGUUUAUCAGUAUUAAACAAAAUGAGUGAAGAAGGUCCUGAAGAAGCAGAAAACGCGCUGAAAUCCAUCCAGCCAUGA